CCUCCGCGGCCGGCUGGUUGGCAGGGCGGGGAGACGUGGCGGCGGCGGAGGCGCCUCUCGCUCCGGCCGCCAAGCGACGUGUGCGAGCGUGAGGGGCUCCGCUGGGCCCCGCCUAGGCCGGGCGGGCGGGCAGGCCAGGCCCCGGCCGGGAGGGACGGCGCGGAAGGGAGGAGGGCAUGUCGGCAUGCGGAGGACCCGGACCUGACUCCGGCCUUCCCUCAGCGCCUCCCGAGGCUCCGCAACACCAGCAGGAGGAGGAGGAAGAGAAGGAGGAGAAGAAGCCGCAGCCCCGGUGGCUCGGCGCUUCCCGCAUGGCCCGGCGGCCCGAGGUGCUGUGCGGCGCCGCGGUGGUGCUGAGCUGCGCUUUCCUGGUCGCCCUCAAAGUCACCUGCAGCCGCGCAAAAGAUGUGACAAUGCCAGCAAAGCUUCCAGUCAGCUUCUUCUCUUCAACGUCUCCAGUCUACGAUCUUUUCCUUGGGCAGCUGGAUCGUGCAGAGGACAUCCGCCAAGAUUCGGAAAUCACCCUUGUUUUUUUCUAUGCUCCGUGGUGCGGGCAGUCUGUUGCAGUGAGAGAAGAGAUUGAGAAAGUAGCAAGCAGUUUGGCAGACCAGGUGCUGUUUGUGGCGAUCAAUUGCUGGUGGAACCAAGGGAAAUGCAGGAAACAGAAACAUUUCUUUUACUUUCCGGUUAUAUAUUUGUACCAUCGGAGCUUUGGGCCCAUUGAAUACAAAGGCCCGAUGAAUGCUGUUUACAUUGAAAAAUUUGUCCGCCGAGUGAUGACUCCCCUGCUUUACAUCUCAUCGCGAUCGAAACUUCAGCAGUUUCUCUCCAAUUAUGAGCCAGGAGUUUUGGGAUAUUUCGAGUUCAACGCUUCGCCCCAACCACCUGGUUAUCUGACAUUCUUCACUUCAGCACUGCAUUCAUUAAAUAAAGAUUACCUUGGAACGAUCCACUUCGGAGUGAUCACAGACAAGCUGAUCGCGAAGGAAGUCCCACUGACCAGCUCAGGCAGCGUCUACUUGCACAGACAUGUGAACGCUUCUCUUCUCUAUCCACACGAAGCGAUGAACUACACAGCGGAAAAUGUUUGGAAGUGGGCCCUGGAGAAUCGCGAGACCUUCAUCCGCUGGCUGAGACCCCAUGGGGGGAAAAGUCUUUUGCUGAACAACGAGCUGAAGAAGGGACCGGCACUCUUCCUGUUUCUUCCAUUCGACCCCUUAGCAGAAAGUCAUCCCCUUGUAGAUGAGAUCUCGGAAUUGGCUUUGGAAUACAAGAACUGCAACAGAAGCCAUGCAGGGGAAGCGGAUGCUGAGCAUUUGCAAGGAGGAGCAUCCUCAGCGGCUAGCAUCCGCCUCCCUCUGGCCGAAGCCAUCUCCAUCGCCAAGUCCCCUUGCUGCAACACAGUCGUGCUUCCUCCCCAGUGGCACUCUAUCACCCGGACCCACAAUGUCUGCGAGCUGUGCAUCAACCAGACGGUCGGGGUCAGGCCCAGCCGCCUGGGCAGCCUGCACUGCAACUUCCUGGAGAUAGAAGCAGCCUUGGACUCGUUCUACCUCAAGGAGCGGACCUUUUUCCAAGUGAUGUCCAAGACGGUUUCCUUGUGCAGCAACUUUCUCAGCUUUUACAGCCCUUUCAGCUACUACACCGCGUGCUGCAGGACAGUGAGCGGGACCCCGCUGGGCUUCGCCGGCUCCGAGGAAGUGGCUCUUGCUUCCCAUGGGAAGAGAUGGAAAGACGAUCCCCAAAGCUCUAUUCCUCACAUUGAGGACAGGAGUGGUCUUAUCCCGGAAAAUGCCCUCUGCGACACUUAUGUGACUGGCUUGAGUUGUAGGACUAACAAGACCUUGAACCUAUACCUGCUGGAUUCAAAUCUCUUCUGGUUGUACGCGGAGAGGCUGGGAGCAUCAAGGUCUACUCCAGUGAAGGAGUUUGCUGCCAUUGUGGACCUCAAGGAAGAGACACACUAUAUCCUGGAUCAGGACCAGGCCCUGCUGAAAUCCAACCUAGAAAUCUUCAUUCAAAACUACAGUGUUUUGUACAGUCCUUUAAAAAGGCACCUUGUUGGCAACAGGAGGCCCAGCCGCAUUCGAUCUCAACAUGUCCUUAGAGAAAUUUUCACCGAUACUUUCCAUGAGGUCACGUUGAAGAGCGAAAAGGACAUUUUGCUGGUCUACUAUGCUCCUUGGUGUGGCUUCUGCAUGUCUCUCAAUCACAUCUUCAUCCAGCUCGCUCGGAUCCUGCCUGCUGAUAACUUCCUUGUGGCGAGGAUUGAUGUUUCUCAGAACGACCUUCCUUGGGAAUUCAUGACCGACCGCCUACCCACCAUUCUGUUUUUCCCUCAUGAUCGGAAGGAGCAAAGUGUGAAGUUCCCUGCAGAAUUCCCGGUCACCCUUCCCAACCUCCUCAAAUUCAUCCUCUGCCACUCCAGCCAGCCGUCCCCUGCAUCCGGCCCAGAGCCCUGCCUCAAAGGUUGCCUUCGACGGGAGGCGAUGCUGCAGCAAGGCCACAUCUCCCACUUGCAGAGGGAGGUGGAGAAGCUGAGAGCAGAGAUCCAGGCCCUCCACCAGGCACAGGCUCAGCUCCAAGGCCAGCUCUCCGAAGCCAGGAGGGAAGGGCAGAGGCUCCAGCAGGAGACACGCAUCCUGAGGAAGCAGCACGGGGCCCUGCAGAGCCAGCGCGAACAUUUGCAGGGGCUGUACGAGCAGAAGACCCGGGAGCUGGGAGACAUGGCUGAGAAGCUGCAAGAGCUGGCCGACGCCUCCGAAAACCUCCUCACCGAGAACACGCUGCUCAAAGUGCUGGUGGCUUCGGUGGAGAGAGAACUGGGGACCAAAACUGAGCCGGAGUUCAGCCUUCCCAAGGAGGAGGAGGAGGAGGAAGCUGGCUUGGCUGCUGAACCAGCUACGGACACUUCCCACGAAGCAGAGCAGCACGCGAACACGAUCGAGGGCAGAAUAGCUCCUGAGCACAGCAAAGAAAACUGGACAGAAUAGCUUUUGUAAAGCAAGACACACACACAGAGGGAACCCCACGCAAAUCAAGUUUAGUCUCAACUGAGAACAUCUUUAUGGAAACUUUAUUGAAAUUUCAUUAUAAAGACUUUUGUGGGGGGUGGGGGGACUGGACUAGAAAAUAAAAAUCAAAGAAUAUUUUUAUAACGAGUCACUGAACCAGUUAGACAAAGCCUGCGAUGUUGACAACAGUCUGGGGACUGACUCUUUGCACUUUACAAUUGCACUAAUUUGAUAGCUUUUGUAUCAAUUUAACCUAAAUUAAAACAAUUUGGUUGGAGGAUGGCAGUGUAAAAGAUCCUCUUCUUCUCCCUGCUGUCCUUAGUUAUAAGCCAGAACCCCUUUUGGCUGCAUCAGGUUUACCCCCACAGUUCAAAUUAAUUUUGAUUUAUGCUUCCUGGGUAAUUUCCAAAUUGGUCGCCUUCGCUACUUUCGUUUGCAGAAUCGACGGGAUUUAAAAAGUGCAUGCAAUUCCCCCAUCCCCUGCAAAUUCAACUUUACAAAAAAAAAGGAGGGGACACCCCCCAGUCCCUUUUCUGAGCUUUUGGAUUUGGUAAUUUUACCGACGUUUAAAACAAAAACACAAUUGCCCUUAAUACACAGUCCAUUGAGAUCUUGAAAAAUAAAAGGCAGAAAAGAAAACUAGCUCAACCUCCUCCUCAGAACUUGUUUUCUAGUUUGGAGAUGUUAGCAACUUCCAUAUCAUUUGGGGAGGAGGGUUCUUACAACUUGUGCUGCUCUAAAUUUCCUGUUGCUUGACUCACAAACAGACUCGAUAUAAAAGCAGUGGUUUUCUGGGCAACCCUGGGUUUUGGGAACUGAGUCUGCAAAGCUCCAAGCAUGCAUAUGAUCUCAAAGUUGAUGGAGCCUUCUUUCUCCCUGCUUACCAGGACCUGUGCAUAUAUGUUAAAGCUCCCUUGCAGAAAACCCUAAGUCACAUUUGCAGCCUGAAGGAAUGGUGAUGGCCACAGCCUUAUACAGUUGUACCUUGGUCCGUUCAACUUCCAAAACGUUUGAAAACCAAAGCGCAGCUUAUGAUGAGCUUCUUGCAGCCAGUCGGAGGCCCCGUCGGACAUUUGGCUUCCAAAAAUAGUUCCCAAACCAGAAGUGUCACUUCUGGGUUUGUGACGUUUGGGAUCCAAAACAUUCGGGAACUAACCUGUUCAACUUCCAAUGUACGGCUAUAGUUUUAAAGGGGGAACAAGACAAAUUCAUGGAGAGAAGGCAGUGGCCAUUAGCCAUGGCUGAUAAAUGGCACCAACAGUGACCAGUUGUUGGGGGGCAACGAGGGGAAAGGGGUGUCUGCGCUCUGCUUGUGAGAUUUCCUGCAGACACCCAGUGGGGCCGUUCUUGGGGACAGGAAGCUGGGUUAAAUGGACCUUUAGCGUCCUGAAACAGGGCUGCCCUUGCACUUUCUUUGGCAUUUUUCUAUAUUUGGGGGUAUUAACUUCCUUCAGCUGUUCACGGAAAUGUUAAAGUACGAAUUAAAAGAGGCAACAAAGCAGAUGAGAUGCCAGCAGCAGGGACCAAAAGCCAGCUUAAAACCACCAGCCCCAGGACAAACAUAUACCUAAAACAUCUGGGCAAAUAAUUAUGAGAAGUUCUUGGUAUAGGACUGAAGAGGGUGCAGGGCCAGACGGCUGUGCCUGGGAAGCCAGUGGUGGAACAGUGGUUAAGAGGGUUGGACACUGACCUGGGAGACCAGGGUUCGAAUCCCCACUUGGCCAUGAAGCUCGCUGGGUGAAACCUCGGGCCACUCCCUCUCAGCCUAACCUACCUCGCAGGGUUGUUGUGGGGAAUUAAAUGAGAAGCAGAAGAGCUAUGGAGGACCAACCCCGAGCUCCGUGGAGAAAAAGGGGAUAUAAAUGCAACAAAUAAGAACUAAGAAAUGCCCAUCCAUGGCCCCAAAUUGACAGAGGGGCCUGCAUUUUAGGGCCUCUGCUGCCAAUCUCAAUGGGUGCGACUGCCCCAUGGCUCCACGAUGACUUAGGAAAAAGAGACAAAGUUGAAAGCAUCUUCCAGCAGCCCUUCCCAUGUUCUACUGGUCUAUCUAGCUCAACUUCCCAAGGCCUCGGGUGGAGAAAGUCCCAACUCCCUUACGCAAGGUCCUCCUUCAUUAAAAGCAGAGGUGUGUGAAUCAGGAACUCUCCCUGCAAGGCUUCCCACAGACCCACCAGCGCCCUGCACAAGUCAAAACUGAAUUACUCUUGCAUUUUAAAAAAUUUCUCGCAUGGUAUUUUAUUGCACCGCAGUUUUAAUUCAAUGGAACGUCAAUUGUAAUGCGAUAAAAUACAGUGCAAGAAAUAAAAGCACUAAUACAAUUAGGAAAACAUCUAGUGCAGCACACUGCAAUUGCUGCAAGAGGCAAGAAAAUCAUUAAGUGAUCCACCAAAAUCAGCAGUUUUCAAGUGGUUCUGUGGGAGGGGGGAGUUUUGGAAACCCUUUACUAGUGAGCACAAAAUGUCGACAGAGCUGGGUCCUGCCCUGUUACUCUUCUACAUAGAAAUGUGGAGUUUGAAUGGAUCCCCAAGGGUCAUCCAGUCCAACCCCCCUGCAAUGCAGGAAUCGUUUGCCCAAUGUGGGGCUCGAACCCACGACCCAGAUAUUUAGAGUCUCAUGCUCUACCACCUUUGCAGUGUCAGCUGAGCAGUGCUCGCUUCCACUAAUCCUACAAUGUGGCAUCAGGUGUGCAUUAGAUUCACAGAAUACGCACCUGUUGAGCAAUCAUUGAUCUGGGCAGGGAGGACAAGGGAGAGCCGCGUUCGAGAACAGCGCCCCGAAUCCACGCAUUUGCUCAAAACGUUCAGAAAGGCAGCUGGCACAUUUAGCAGAAACUGG